AUGCCAAAAGGAGAAGUUGCCAGCCCACUGAGGCGCAUGACGCUCGCCCCCGGCGACAUCAGCGAGCUUCAAGUGGUCGCAAACGCCAUCCUCGAGGCCAAUCUGGAGCGGUAUCAGCACUUCACGGAUGUCGAGAACUGCAAGGUGAACUCGAACGAGUGGAAAUACAUCAAGUCCAAGGACCAAAUCAAAGUGUACGCGGAACGUCGACAAAAGCGGCGACGAUCGCAUUUCCAGUCGAGCUCGGAGGACGACGGAGCCCCCGAGCUGCAGUCGAUGCUGUGCGUUGGAUCCACUCCUGGAACGCUGGACGAUGUCAUGCUGGGCAUCGUGAGUCCGACACUGGAGUCUACGCGCUCCAAAUCCUCGUUUGUUGACGAGCGCAGCGAGGCGGCCGUGCUGUCGAUCGCGAAGGCGCCAACAAGGGACAACCCCUUUGACUCGGUCGUUGUGAACUGGAUGGAGCUUGAUGUCCGCCGCCGAUCCGUGGGGCUUGUCAAGAACCGCGACUACAUUUACGUUGAAGCCACGGGUAUUCGACUGUUGCAGAAUGGCGCGCGUCUGGGCUAUCGACUGAUGCACUCCGUGGACUUCCCCCAAGCUCACGUCCUAGAAGGACGCGUCCGCGCCAAGCUAUCAGUGUGCUGCUUCUUCCGCCAGGAGAACGAGUCGUCCGUGUCGGUCUACAUGAUGGGGAUGAUGGAUUCAAUGAGCGACGGCGUCCGGCGAGUGGUAGUACCGCGCUUCGUGAAGACGAUGCUGGCUCCGCUCAAGUACGCGUCCUAUGGAGAAAUGAAGAAGUUGACUCAGGCCCUUGGCGAGCGCUACGCGGAGCUCAAGACGCGGAAAUCACGGGACCCCGAUCACCAUUGUACCGGCUGCAAAAAAACAUUGGGACGACUGGGAAAGCUGGUGGGCCACCACAGCACCUGCAAGCUCUGCUUCAAGUAUGUCUGCAGCUCGUGCAAAGUAGAGAAGGAAAUGAGCUUCGUGACGCUGGACCUCAAGAUGACCCAGCGCAAAGUUACCUUCUGCCCGGCUUGUGUGAGCGAGGCGACGACUAUAGCUCCGCCCGAGCUGCCCGAUGUCGAGAACCGAACCCAAGCUGUCAACUAUAAUCGCCACCCCUCGGUUGGAUCAUCCGUAUCGUCAGGUUGGGGGACGCUUCUGGGGGAUGAAACACAACCGAUCAACCUAUGA